GGUUUGAUCUCUCUCUCUCUCUCUCUCUCUCUCUCUCUCUCCUUUAAGAUUAGAUUCCAACUGAUUCAUUAAGAUGGAGUCAGGAUCUCCACCAAGGCCAAUCUGUUGCUUUUGGUACUCUUCACCAAAGAAUCACAGAAAGAAGAGCAAGGGAACUGCUUGUCUUUCAAAGUUUGACAUUGAAGACAAUGGUAAUUGGGGAAGAAAUGGAGAAAUUCUUUCGGAUAUGAGUACUUUUUCAGUGGAAGAACAAGAGCGAAGGUUGAAGAAGGCGAUGGCGGAGGAAAAGAGAGUUUGUAGGGAGGCUGAGAGGGUGGUGGAAUGGGUGAAGCAAGAAUCAGCAAGGUUGGAUGUUUCUGCAAUCAAAAAUAUUGUAAGGCAAGAGGAUGAAACUAUUAAGUAAUUCCUUCUUCAUCAUGCACUCCUGCUCUUUCACCGGAAACAUGCUCUCGGAGUAAAUAUUCUUGUCCAUGCCCCAAUCUCCAUAGUAGUAAUU